CUCUCUCUCCUCCUUCUUUCAGGUGGGAUCACAGGGAUGUACUCUUCUCUCCUACUUUCCUUUCUCGCGCUUCUCUUCAGCGCGCGUCUCCAUCUCUCCAAAACCACAGUGACCACGCGCACCAACCUCCCUCAUUUAUUCACUCGCGCGCUCACUUUUGGACCUCAGUCUUUUCCGCACGCGCACACUCUCUUUCUCUCACACUCACUCUUCUGUGAGGUGAAGAUUGCGCGCGAGACGACGACGAGGCGCGAGCCGGUCAGGCUGGGCGUGCGGGCGCGCGCGCUCGCUGCCGGCUUGCUGGGCGUCGUCAUGGUGCUCGCGCUGGUAGUGCUGAUCCCGGUGCUGGUGCGCGCGGCCGCCGGGUCCGCCUCGGGAGCGCGCUACGAGGCGCUGGGCGCGUGCAGGAUGGUGUGCGAACCGUACGGUCACACGGGCAGCGAGGCUCCGGGCACGGCGCUGCAGCCGCCGCCCACCACGCUGAUCCGCGGCGCAAAGGGCGAGCCCGGGCGCGCGGGGCGGACUGGACCCAGGGGGGAGCCAGGACCUCCCGGACCUCCGGGGCCACCGGGAAAAACCGGGGAACCAGGACCUCCGGGGUUACCGGGACCACCGGGAGCGCGCGGGGUGACGGGUGUGAUCAGCGCCGCCACGUACAGCACCGUGCCCAGAAUCGCCUUCUACGCGGGACUCAAGAAGCAGCACGAGGGCUACGAGGUGCUCAAGUUCGAUGAUGUGGUCACUAACCUUGGCAACCACUACGACCCCGCCACGGGCAAGUUCACGUGCUCCAUUCCGGGCAUCUACUUCUUCGUUUAUCACGUGCUCAUGAGAGGAGGCGACGGCACGAGCAUGUGGGCCGAUCUGUGCAAAAACAACCAGGUGCGGGCAAGCGCCAUCGCACAGGACGCAGACCAGAACUACGACUACGCCAGCAACAGCGUUGUGCUGCACUUGGAGCCUGGAGACGAGAUCUACAUCAAGCUGGACGGAGGCAAGGCACAUGGAGGCAACAGCAACAAAUAUAGCACGUUCUCAGGUUUCAUGCUCUACGCUGAUUAGUGCACACCAAGACCUUCUGCAUGCACGAAUGGACAGAUGGAUAGAGGUCAGGUGCUGAUAAUAAUAAACUCUUCACCCAGAGACAUUAAAACGGGCUACAUGUGAAAUGACGAGAGGCAAAGAAUUCACUUAAAAUGUUACCAUUACUAAAGCUGGACAAGAGGGUCACAGUGUCUAUAACAACUUUGUGAGCUCCACCAUAUUUCAUGAACACUGACGUGGAGCCAAAAGUGAUCAGCAGUUGGAAGCAGCAACCCGCAUGUGACCCCCACCGGUUAGAUUUUAGACAAAUCACUGUGAUGUUAAAAAAAAAAAAAAAAAAAGAAAAGGCUAAAGAGUUUGAGUUAUCUGCCAUGCUGUGUUUGU